AUGAUAGGAUCAGGAAAACCCUUAUUGGGCCUAUGGUUAUAUCGCUCCGGAAAUCAAUGGUCCGUCAAGCACGAUUUGCCUUUACCCGCAUCAUACAAACCGGUGCAAAAUGCGGGUAUAAAACCGGAUACUUCUUCAUCUAUUGAAUUGAACGACACAAAUGAAACUGCUGUCAGAUCCUUGAUUUUCACCCUGAAUAAUCAGAUUGGAGGAUUGGCCAAAUGUUUGAGAGUAUUCCAGGAACUAAAGAUAAAUGUCUUGCAUAUAGAAUCGAGAAAGAAGCUGAAUGAGCCUCAACAAGCAGAUAUAUUAGUGGAUGUAGAAUGUGACAAGGAAACAUUGGAGGAGCUAUUGCAGUUACUAAAACAUGAAGUCCGAGUUGUAGAUGUUUCACAUAAAGUAAUAUCAACUAUAACACAGAACGUGGAACGAGAACCUUUAUCAUCAAUUUCUUCUAUGCCUAGUUUUGAUUUUGAAGAUAUGGUUUGGUUUCCCCGUAAAAUCUCAGAUCUGGAUUUAGCCCAAAAUGUUCUCAUGUAUGGCGAUGAAUUAGAUGCCGAUCAUCCAGGAUUCAAAGAUCCCGUAUAUCGCAAACGCCGGCAAGAAUUUGCCAAAAUUGCUAAUGAGUACAAAUACGGUCAGCCAAUUCCUCGCAUACAAUACACAGAAGAAGAAAUAAGGACUUGGGGCACUGUAUUCAGAGAACUUCAUAAAUUGUAUAUAAAUUACGCCUGCGCUGAGUACUUGGAAAAUUGGCCACAAUUAGUAAAAUAUUGUGGUUACAGAGAGAAUAAUUUACCUCAGUUGGAAGACGUUAGUACAUUUUUGAAGUACAAGACUGGCUUUCAAUUACGGCCUGUUGCGGGUUAUUUAUCUCCGAGAGAUUUCUUGUCUGGAUUGGCUUUUAGAGUAUUUCAUUGUACACAGUAUAUAAGGCAUUCAAGUGAUCCAUUUUAUACCCCAGAACCGGAUUGUUGUCAUGAGUUGCUGGGUCAUAUGCCCCUACUGGCUAAUUCUAGUUUUGCGCAAUUUUCUCAAGAAAUAGGAUUGGCUUCAUUGGGUGCGUCUGAUGACGAUAUAAAAAAGCUAGCUACGCUGUACUUCUUCACCGUGGAGUUCGGAUUAUGCCAGCAGGCUGAUAAUUCUUUCAAAGUCUACGGCGCCGGUCUGUUGUCAUCCGUGGCCGAGCUGAAGCACGCGCUGCAGGCUAAAGAGAAAAUAAAACGAUUCGAUCCGCAGGUUACAUGCGAAGAAGAGUGCGUUAUAACAGCCUAUCAGAACGCCUAUUACUACACAAAAUCGUUCGAAGAAGCCAAAGAAAAAAUGAGAAUAUUUGCCGAACAAAUUCAGCGACCUUUUGCCGUACGAUACAAUCCGUACACCCAGAGUGUUGAUGUUUUGUACAGUGCUGAAAAAGUCACAAACCUGGUAAGGGAGCUCAAGGGUGAUCUUUGUAUCGUUUCUUCUGCUCUCAGGAAAAUAUCUCAACGUGAUCACACCGUCAAUGUUGAUGAUAUUACAGAAAUUCUUCAUAAAAGUAUUCUGACGGACUUCUAUAACACACCUGAAAACAAUGAAAAUGAUAUUAGUGAGUAAUUCCAAACUAUUGCACAUGGACUACGGAUAAUUAAUUGGGUACA